AGCGAUGCCACGGCGCCACGUGGCAUACAAUCAAUAUCCUUGAGUCCUCGGUUCGAAGGUCCCUAUCAUCGCCCUGGGGACACUACCCUACAGUACGGAGUGGAAACCAAGAUAGAACCCCCAAAGAAGCUAUGAUGCGUGAUAUCUUGACCACACCAGCGCCAGGCCAAGAUACGCAGACGGCAGUAGUCCGUUAGGGUGUCGUUAGGAAUUGCUUCAAGCCGGUUCAGCAAUCUGGGCCGUCUGAACCUGAGAGUUCAUGUCGGGAAUGCAUAUUUUAUGCAACCCUAGCCCGAUUCAUAUCUACAAGACGCUUCUACCUCGGAGCUAAAGGCUAUUGGCAGCAUGUCCUCACGAACUUUUUUAACCGCAAUCAUCACAGGCAUGACUUCGCGUACGCUGUCAACGUCUUUGGCGCCUUGCACUGCCAGCACACGAUCGGUCGCCCGUCACUCCAAUUUUUACACUUCAAGUGAGGGUCCUGUGAAUAAACACGCCGUUUCUGAUCCUCAACGGAGGCUACGAAGGACGGUGAGUGUACCAAACUCGAUGACAGAGCCAUGAGCGAGGUCAUCACACCUAGUGAUGGG